AUGCCUCCUUUAAUUAAACCUCCUCAUUUUUUCCCUCAAUUUUUUAAAAUUAAAAAAAAUCUUUUUCAGCUAGAUCUAUCUUCAAAUAAAUUAACUAGUCUAAAUAUCAGAACUUUUGAAGGACUUGAUAAGCUUGAACGACUUUUAUUAUUUAAUAAUUCUAUUCAAAAUAUUCACGAAGAAGCAUUUCAAGAAUUGGGAAAUUCUUUAGAAUAUUUAAAUAUUAGUCAUAAUUUAAUUACAAAACUUCCUGCAGCUAUUGGACGAUUAAGUAGAGUUGAAACUGUUGACUUGUCUAACAAUAAAAUAUCAACCUACUACAAUUUUAUUUUAAACAAAAUGUCCCACUUAACCCAUCUCAAUUUAAGCCAAAAUUUAUUAACUUCAAUAGAUAAUUAUGUUUUUGAUGGGUGUGAAAGUCUUUUGGAAAUUAAUCUUUCAUCUAAUCGAAUACAAAAUAUAAGUCCCGAUGCUUUCAAUAAAUGCCCAAAAUUGAGGAAAAUUGAUUUAUCCAAAAAUUUAUUAUUUCAAUUAGGGACGGCUUUGACUGGCCUAAAAUCGUUGAGAAUAUUAAAUUUGAGUGAAAAUGCUUUGGAAGAGGUAGAUAGUUAUUUUAUAGUUAUCGAAUACAAAAUAUUAGAUGAAAUUUAG